UCCAAAAAUAUAAUUAGAGUCAAGACUGUUUUUCUUCAUGCCUGCAGUUCAUAAACUCGUUUCCUGUCCGGUCAGGAAUUUCCAGUAAGGCGGUGUGUACAGUCAGCUAACCGGAAGUGUAGCGUUAGUACUUCCACUCACCGCUUAGUACAUGACGUUCCACAUUCACAGCGGUUACUAAUGAAGAUGUGAAAAGAGCUACAGAGUCUGCACACUCUCAUUCUGCUGAACUUCACAAGACUGAAUCAUUUCAAACACUAAAAGCUAACCCGUUUUCUGAAGCUACUCUGAACAUUAGCAAAUUCUACAUUUCCGGUAAAUACUCCAUGCUGUGAUGGCUGAGGUCGUUCUGGCGGAUCUGGUUCAUCCAAACUGUCCUCGGUACACACAGUGUCUGGAGGAACGCGUGAACAAGUUACUCCGCUCUCUCGGAAAUGGCACGAGCGAGCCCGUUUACCUCAUUCUCCAAAAGCACACGGACUGCUCUGAGGAAAUCACCGAGACCUAUCUUUUGGAGAAAUGCGCUGGUCUGAACAGACGUGUCCACGUGUUAACCGAGAGCUGCUCUGUAGCCGUGCUGUACGCGUUCAAGCGAGCCGCAGACGAGCUGACUGUUAAACACGUGUACGUAAUGACGUGCAGUGCGCGGCGCGCGGAGCUGCAGGAGUGUGAGGAGCAGCUCUUCACCGAGCUCUACACCUUCACCUACAGCACCCUGCUGGACUGCAGCUCCUGUCCUCUCACACAUCUCAACACAACCUACCCCCAGCUUAAAGAGCAAAUCAGCGGCUUCUUACAGCGCCUCCCAGCGCUCCGAGGAGAAAUUACCGUCCUGAAGUCUUCACUCAUCUCAGACUCCUUUGCACACGGCUUCACCAAAAGAACAGGAGGAAUUUCCUACAUCAGCACCCUGAGCUCUCUAAACCUGUUCAGCAGUUCUCGUCGUAGAGACUCACGCGCCGUAGUGGCUGAGAACCUACGCCGUCUUGGCUUGCAUGCAGGCUUUCAGCCUCGGCAGUUCCACCUCGCCAAGGUUAACCAUGCCAGUGAUGUGUGGGUGAUGAACAAGUCGGAACCUGAAAGCUAUGAUGGCAUUGUGACUAAUCAGCCAGGUGUUGUAAUAGCAGCCCCAGGAGCUGACUGCAUGCCUCUGCUUUUUGCUGACCCCGUGGGAAAAGUCAUUGGAGUAGCACAUGCAGGCUGGAAGGGAACCCUCAUGGGAAUUGCCAUGGCAACAGUAAAUGCCAUGGUGCGGGAGUUUGGCAGCGAGCUUUCUAACGUUGUGGCAGUGAUUGGGCCUUCUGUUGGACCCUGCUGUUUCACUCUGGAACAAAAUUCAGCAAUAAAGUUCCAGGCUAUUCAUCCAGACUGUGUCAGAGAUGUGGAGUCACCCAUGCCUUAUGUGGAUAUCAGACUUGCCACUAGGGUCCUCCUGGAGGAAGGUGGUCUCCUCCCAGAGCACAUCCAGGACAACACCGUGACAAACAGACCCAACAUCACCCUCUGCACCUCCUGCCAUCCUGACUCCUUCUUCUCCCAUGUUAGAGAUGGCCUCAACUUUGGCACUCAGAUUGGCUUCCUAUGGAUCAAGGAGCCCCAUGAGUUUAAACAAUCAGAUCCUUAGAAUCAGUGCCUAUACUUCAUCUCAUUUGGCUGCAGAAGCAAAAAUCAUUGAUAUUCACAGUACUUAGAUUUCAGUAAGAUGUGUACAUUUAGAGAUAGACUGAAAUAGUAGACAUAUUGCUGCUAUACCGCUUACUUCAUCUCAUGCUUUCUGAAGACUAAGACAAAGUGACAACCUUUUUAAAGAAAGUUUGCAUUCCAAAUGACAGAUGGUAUUUAAUAGUAAGAGUAAAUGAUGCAAUUGUUUUAUUUUCAUGAAUGUUUUGAUGAAUUGUAUGGUUGUAGCUAACUUGGUAGAACUAAUUCCAUACUGCUGUUUAAAUUAUUUAAUGCAAACAUUUGUUGGCACCAUCUCCUGGCACUCUCCAUGUAGAAAUACACUGCCUAUAUAACACUGAUAAUUCUCUAGGAACCUGCAAUAUUAGUUUCCUGUGGUAGGCUAUUUCCAGUAGCUGAUCUAUAUAGGCAGGUCAUUUUGUAAGAGUACACAGUGAUGAAGAGUCACUGUAAGGAAACUAACUGAUGCAUUAUAGUAAACAUUACCUUACAUUGUUUAUACAAAUAUGCAUUAUUGGCAAAAUGUCACUUUAACAAUUUUAAAGAAGGAAAUUUUAUAUAUAUAUAUAUAUAUAUAUAUAUGUGUGUGUGUGUGUGUGUGUGUGUGUGUGUGUGUGUAUAUAUAUAUAUGUGUAUAUAUAUGUGUGUGUGUGUGUGUGUGCAUAUAUAUAUAUAUAUAUGUGUGUGUGUGUGUGUAUAUAUAUAUAUAUGUAUAUGUAUAUAUAUAUAUAUAUAUAUAUAUAUGUAUAUGUAUAUGUAUAUGUGGGGUGGCAAUGGUGGUGCAACGUCCCUCAGCUCCAGGGACCCCAGUUUGAUCCUGAGUUUGGCUUAUUGUCUGUGCAGAUUAUUGGCAUUUCUAUAUUGGGCUAUAUGUAGAACCUUACAACAAUGGGCUUCACUUUCAGAGUGGAAACACAAUUAGGGAGCAAAAAACCUUUAACUCUCCAAAGACCCACGAAGGAAACAUUUCUUUUCUGUUCCAAGUGUUAGCUCAUCCUGGUAGAUUAUAUAGGUCACCGGCAGGAGGUACCUGAGUAUAAGAGCGGACACUAGGUGGCUCUGUUCUCUUUGCUUUAAAAUUCUGUAGCGGUGCUUGUUUUGUGUGAGAUGUUAACAUGUGGUUGGUUCCCAUCCAGCUGCAAUUUAGCUCCAUCACAAACAGCCUUUAUCAGUCAUUCUGCCAUGUCAUUAUAAACAUCUCAGCUAUGUCCUGUCAUAAUAACCACAACAUCACCCAUCUAUUUAUUAGUAGAGGAUGACAGAACUGUUAGCGGGUGCUCACAUACAUGCUGUGGAAGAUAUUUCUCAGAGAUUUGUGUUAUCUCUUUUAUGAGUGGUAGCUGUCCUUUGUGUGGCUGAAAAAGCUGAGCUCAAUUACAACAAUAGUAACUUUCCAAAGUGGUAAAAUGAAAUGCCUCAGGGCUUUGAAGACAACUGAGGGGUUAAUAUUUGCUGCUGAAAACCAUGAAGUUGCAACCGACCUUAAGUUCACAGGCAUUGUCUAUUUGACUAAAGAGAUACAUUGCUUUUGUUGUUUAUAAUUUUGUAUAUUUCACAGAAUAAUAAAUGGGAAAUGCAUAUACACAGAAUGGGGUUUAUGUUCUGCAAGAUUAACCUCAUAGAGCAAUCAGACCUUGCAUUUGUAAUUACUAUGUUGUUGUUGUUUUUUUCACAAGGCUCUGUGUUGACCUGGAGAAAGGAGCAAUAAAGCUAGAUUCAGCCAUUUCAGUGA